CUUGACUAGAGGAUAUCUGCAAAGAAUAGCAGAACAGACAUUCCUAUUGGAGAUUUCCAGAAGUUUAAUGUGUAAUAUACAAUUUUUGAACUUAUUUAGCACGAGGAGUCUCCAAGUUCGUCCCUUUUUUAUUUCUGUCAUUUACACAUAAUCAAAUAUUUGUAGUUUAUAACCCUAUUGUUGAAUCUAUUUAUGUUACUUUGUAGCCCUUGUGUAUUUACAGCGCUACGUUAAAAUAUAGCUCCUUUGUUAUGUAAAAAUCGCCUAAAGAAUUAUAUUUGUUAUGUGCUUUGUGUGAAACAUGAAUAUUAUACCCUACAUUGUGAUAAGAAUAUGCUCAGUUUUUGAAGCUUGAUUCUUGUUCAAGUCUAGUGCAAGUUAAGGUAAUUUAGGUCCCUAUUGGCAUUGUGUACAAGUGAUGCAUGAAUUAUCGAAUAUUGUACUGCUUCCAUUAUGUAAGAAAAAUUUAAAUAAAAUUGUACAUUGGACCGGAUCUCCUUAUUACACUAGCGCCACCGUGGGUGUGUGGCAAUCAAAGCAAAACUUCCAGGUUUGAGGUUAUGAGUUGACCCACAUUUAUACUUUUUUUCUUUGCUAUGGCAAACCGAAACAUUGACGAAUCACUCAGGAAGCCUCGUAGAACCAAAGGGACCCCUUUUUACGUACAGAGGAAUUACUACGCGGGUGGAGUUAUAGCAGUUGGGGGCCUGUUCUGGCUACUUUUCGAACUGUGGCCCGAAGCCCAAAAGCUCAAAAAAAGUUACCUUGAGGGCAAGUUUGACGAUAGCCCUGAAACCCGGCGACGCUUUAUGGCCACUAGCCUCGUAACCAAAGGGGGCUAUUUGGAACUGUUUAGUGCCUUGAAGGCCAGAGAAGACGCAAAAGAAGAUGAGCUCUACACGGACAAAACGAAGCCGCAGCCGUGGUACACAAAAUUCCACACAAAGCCAGACAUCUAAACCUGUAAAGCGUAGCGCCACUAAAACGGGGAAGAUUUCGAAAUAUUUCGCCAAAAUCACUAAAGACAAUGCCGAGGGCUCUGAGAGUUCAGGUAGUUUCUCAGAUUCUCCUUACAAAAACUGUUUAAGUGAAGUGAAACUCGAUGACUCCGCGGGUAAUUUAGCCGAUUUUGAGACUCCUAAAGCGAUCAACAAAGUGUCAAAGAUAGCGAACGCGAAACCCCCGUGUAAAAACGUUAAAAAACGCAAGAAAACACAAGUGCCCCUUACAAAAUUUGUUGAGGACAAUUUCAAGCAUGUUGACGUCAAUCCGGACCACCUCCAGAUGGCUUUAGCUCUCUCUGAGUCCACCUACGCCGCAGAAAAUCCCGGUCAAACCCUCAGCUCACAAGAAAAAAUCGAUUCCUUUAGAGGCGCGUUUGAGAAAUUUGGCUUUGGGUAUAACAAAAGCAGGGUUUCAGUACAAGAAAAGAAAGAACGACUAGACCCAGCUAAAAAGAGUAAAAAAUCGCGCUAUAGACAUGUAACCCCAAUACUCAAAAUUCGAACUAGCGAGGAACGAGAAUCACUAAUUUCGUCAAAAGUUUCACUCAUUUUGGCCCAGAAUGAACGAACUCGUUUGCCUAAAGCACAAGAAACGCUUAAAUUGUUCUCCGCCUUCCUUCAAAAAUUGACAAAACGGAAAAUAUUCCCAAUAAACAACUUGGCCUUAGAGGAGCUGAACGAGGAGGGCCGAUUCUACGUGCAGGGGUUUGAACCAAGCACUGGAUCAUCUUGUGGGCGCUUUUUGAAGGAUUGGGGGAGCAUUCCAGGACGUGAACGCACCCCCGAGCGUGUCAUUACAUCAAAUGUGCCAAAACUGUCGCAAAGUUAUUUACAAAGUGAUAAAGAAAAUUUAGAACCGGAAGAAAACGCGUUUCGUGAAAAUUCUCCACAACCGUCGCCUUGGACCAGAUUAUCUGUGUGUGAAAGUCCAAAUUUUAUUUAUAACGACAGUUUGUUUGCAUCUGAAAAGAGGGAGGAAAGAAGAAACUCUCGAGUAAUAGAUUUAACCAACUCUGACGAAAGUUCAAACGAAAAUAAAAAUUUUGAAUGUAACACCUCCCAAAUUAUUUAUGGAAAGUUUCCAUCUCCUGCUGUAAAACUUGGAGAGGAAGACUUCUCCAAACGUGGAGACGAUAAUCCGUUUUCGAGCGAAAUAAGCUCCGUAAUUUCCCCAAAUAAAGAUGCUAGCAGUCCUUCAGGGAGGAGUGAAGAGGGAGUGAAUUCCUCGUUUCAAAUAUAUAAUUCUCCAAAAUUAUGCUUGUCACCUCAGCUUUCUCCGAUAACUCCGAGUUAUCAAGGUGUUAAACGGUCUCGAGAUUGUAUUUCUCCCGAUUUGUUCGAAUCAGAAAGUGAACAUCAACUCUCUCGAAAUAACGAAGAAGAAAUGGAAUGCUUUGACCUGACACAGUCCGACAAUGAAGAGACUACAAGUUUCCAUGUGAGUCGUUCUGCACCUGAUGACUCAGUUGAAUCAAGCUUGAACGUCACUGAGUACGUAAAUAAUCUAUUAUCCGGCGAUCAAACAUCACCACAACCACGGAGAUUAGAAAAAAUAAGUACUAGUGAUGAUGAUUCACCAGAAAAGAGUUGUAGUCAAGAAAGCAUCUACAUAAGCGACGAUGAAGUGAAUUAUUCAAGCGUAUUUAGCGAAAAAAAGGUGCAAUAUGAGUUUUCUGAUGACGAGGAGUUUGAUAUUCCGGACAUGGAGCUAUCAUUAUCUGAACGAUUAGGACUUAAAAAUAGUCCGAACUUCUCCGAUUUGUCUAAAGCAGGUCCUUCAGAUACAAUCACCAAUGAGGAUUCCCCUUUGAAGGCUUGUUCGCCCCCACUUGAAACUUUUAAUUCUACCCUUCAACAAGUGUCUCCAAACAAUGAAAAAGUCGAACUUGAGGAUUUUUCCAUUGACAGACAAGAAAAUCUCGGAGAAAAGACGCAAUAUAACUUUUCUAAUGACGAAGAGUUUGGUAUUUCAAAUAUGGGCCUUUCGUUAUCUGAACGGUUAAGACUCAAAAGUGCUCCUAAAGCCUCUAAUUUAUCUGAAGCAGGUUCUUCACAUGAAAUUUCAGACCACGGUAAUUCCCCCGUAAGGCCUUUAUCUCCUCAAAUGGUCGAGUUUGAGGAUCAAUCCCCUGAUAAACAAGACAUGGAAACUCCAAAUAAAUCCUCCAUCAUAAUAAAAACCGAUAAUGUAACGCCUAUGGCCAAUUACGAUGAAAUGAAUACUCCUCAAGUUUGUAAAGAACUGGAUAAGUUUGGCCUGAAACCGCUCAAAAGAAGUAAAGGUGCUAAGCUACUGAAAUAUAUUUAUGAGGCGACGCAUCCUAUAGUUGAAGAUAACGAUGGAAAAAUUGUAAAAAAAAGACGUACUAAUAAUCUCGUCCAAUUUAAUGAUAUUAUCGGUGAUGUAGGAGAAGAGGAGGAAUUGAUUUUUGAAAGAACCCAAUCAAAGCGAAUAGCAUCGUGUCGAUUGCCUUUGCACAUCGCCUGGCACAAUUUAGUAAUGAGUAACCCCAAAAUUAGGGAAGAUAUAUUGCUGUAUGAGCCCCUCCAAUUGGAGAAUUUACAUUCAAUGUUAAAAGAACAAGGUUUCAAAUACAAUAUUCAGGAUCUACUAACAUUUUUAGAUAAAAAGUGCAUAACGAUACGUACAGCGCAAGGUCAACGCAGUAUCGGAAAAAAACAAUGACGGGACUUAUUUAUAACUUUAAUUAAAUUUAGCAAAUUUACACAUUAAAGCUUUUAAUUUUAA